GUUUUGGUUGCAGAGCAUGACAAAGCAAAAGCGAAACUGUGCGAAAGUGCAUCGCUGACAUUGUUUCUGAAAGACCUAAUUUACUGUUCCUGCUCUGUGGAUUGAACAUGUCUACUACCAUGAUCAAAACAAGACAAACGGAGAAGGAAAUCAAUGGAGUCAGGACGCAGGUCAUCUGUACCGAAUUCAGCAAUUAUAUAUUCAUAGUUCUCACACAAUAUGGGAAGAUUGGAACGUUGGUGUCCGUCACACCAGAAUCCAAAUCAAGUGAUGUCAGCAUGCCAAUGUUCACCACCAAAGUACUGAUGGGAAAAGAUGAGCCUUUAACACAUGUGUGUGCCAAAAACCUGGCAACCUGUGUGUCACAAGAGGCUGGCAACAGGCCUGUGCUGCUGGGACUGGCCCUUAAGGACUCCUCUAUAGAGGCUGUGAAACUCAUGAGAGACCUCAUCAAAAGCUGUCAAGUCUGGUAGCAGAUCAUGAGUCAGGCUGCCAAAGGAUGUCAAAGACUGUAAAAAAAAGUUUAAAAAGACACAACUGUCUAAUGUUUGUCAUUUUCAUGUUGUCACUUCUUUAACUAUGUGUUCCUUUUAAGAAUAAAUUGUUGUCAAUUCGAGAUCAAUGUAAUAAAUGGCUUAUGCUGACUGAAUAUGUAUAUGAGCACCAUUUUAUUCCUGUCCUUAAAUGAAACAUCACCGACUUUGAAUGCAUGUCUGCAUUGCAAUGCAACCCCACCCUGCGUUCCUUCUCAAGAGUUCUUCCUUGCUAUUUAAGGGAGUAUUUUCUUGCCCUCUGUGGGGCUAGGGUCAGGGUCAUAAAUAUAUAGCCUGUUAAGUCCUUUGAGACAGUACCUGUGAUUAAGGGCAAUGCAAGUUAAAUUGAAUGUCUGAACUGGGUUGACACAUUACCAAAUGUCAUCAAUGAUCCGCGUCCACCAUAGAUUAUUCAACCUAAGUCUGUAUCUCGCUGUAUUACAUUCUGGAAUAAACCAUCUAUUCAACCCUCUUA